UUGUUUAAUUUAGAAUUUCGGAAAGAUGAAGCGAAUAUAAUUAUUUUUCAUUAUUGGAUAAGUUUUUGUGUGUUGAUACAGAUGUUCCUGCGGGAGACGCUUAAUGUGCCAUCGUCACGUGACGAGCGUGGAUGAUAAAAUACCUCACGAUGGGGUGUAUAAAGUCGCUGAUAAGUUAGUAGGAGGCAUAAGUUUAGCAGAAGUGAAGUGGAUCAGAUAACUAAAGUGAAGAUGCGUUACAUUCUUGUUGCCUUGUCGGUGGUCUUGGUGCUAACACCAACUUAUGGGACGCCACAAUUGCCCAGUUACUUACAAAAUUUGUAUAACGAAAUAAAUAAUAUGGUUAUCACGACGAUGGAAGAUGGGAUUGGAGGUUUUAUUGGUUCUAUCGACUAUGCCAUGAAAGGUGCUAGCGAGGCUGCUCAGAAAGCUUUAAAGGCUCUCGAAAAUGGUAUACAGAAUUUCGUCGAUGGUACUGGGAAGAUCGUUAAUGUCGUUGCAAAUAUGGAAAGUCAACUCGGACAAUACGUUGUUACUCUUGAAGAUUCAGCUGGUAAUGCUGUGGAAUUCGUUAUAUCCACAUUUGGAAGACUUAUUUCUGUGGACGGUGAAUUAGUAAAUGGAACUAUAACGAUUCCAUAUAAGGUUUUAACCGCUGUCAAGGAUUUCCUCAAAUCUUUGGAUGAUGCAAAAGCACAGCAAUGUGUGAAAAUGGUCCAGGAAUGUGCAAAAGAUGCCUUCGAAGAACGCGAUGCUGCCAUUCGUGCAAUGCUGGAAGCUGUGGAGGAUCUUCGCUGGUAAUAGCUUUGCAAAGCUAUCCUUAAUCUACAGCUGUCUUUGGAAGUUUCUAAAUAUCUAUUGGAAAUACCGAUGUCGAAGCAAUUUUAAAAGUUCCAAAAAUAUUAAAUAAAUAUCUUACUUUGAUGCAAGGAAA